UAUAACUCUUACAGUCUAUCAAAAAAUCAUUGCUUUGUGUGAGUAAACUGUAGAAAUAUGAGACAAUGCAUCAAACAGAUGUCCAGCAGAUCCAUUACGUUUUGACUGCUGAGUUGCGUGAUUGAUAAUUCACGCAUGAACAAUUUCAAUUGUGAUAUAUGACAAUUUGAGUUUCUCACAACACUGCCUGCCUUCCCCCUGAUCGAAUUGCUGACCACGCUUAUGCUUCUCGGUCAUAUUUGGAAUACUUGGUUUGCCAUGACGAUGCACAUCAGACGACCAGGGAAAGAAAUCUUUAAUGAGCUUAUUUGGGACUUGGAUCUGGACGCAAAGUUUGGCAAGCAGUAAUUGCUGAGCCAGAAUUGACGCUAGAAGGACGUCAAAAUGCCCGGCAACUUUGGCCGAAACGACAGACAUGUGAUUCUCGUUCGCUCCAAGGUGGGCGACUCUUCUUCGUUCGAAAGGGAAUUUUACCGCCAACGACAGGUCAAUCUGGACCAAGAAGGAAGCUACCUGGCGGUGUUCCGACCGGUGAUCAUACUUGGGCAGGUGUUUGCCAUUUUCCCGGUGGUUGGAUAUGGAGUCGCCUUGGCCGAACGUAUCCAGUUCAAGUGGUGUUCCCUUCGGAUGCUGUACACGAUGAUGUUUCAAUUAGGUGGGGCGAUCAUGUCUGGGUUUUCACUGGCCACUUUCUGGACGACGGGAGUUGAAUUUUCGAAAAUUUUAUCUUGGAUGUUCUUUACGAUCAACCUAUCGAUUACGAUCGGAUUCACGGUGUUGGCCCGCCGAUGGUCCGCCAUGAUGACCGAAUGGGAAAACACCGAACAGAGUCUACCGUUUCGUCCUCAGCUGACGGCCAGUAAUAGACGGGUUCGCCGCAAAGUGAUAACCAUAAUGGUUACGCUCAUGUUGAGUGCCUUAUUCGAGCAUGCUUUGGCCAAGCCUUCCGGACUCUACCGGGCGUACAAAUGUGGCAUCAAAGAUCUUCUGGAGGCUCACCUGAUGCAAGCGUUUCCGGAAAUGUUCUCCUUCAUCCCGUACGACAUCUACGUGGGAUUCGUGGCCCAGGUUGUGACCUCGGUGUUGACCUUCUACUGGAACUACGUGGAUCUGUUUUUGAUUGUACUCAGUAUCGGAUUGCGGCAAAGCGUCCGCCACGUCAACGAGAUAAUACUGAACUCGAAGGCACAAUACCAUUCGGACACGUUUUGGCAUGACUACCGCAAGCAUCACCAGAGAGUGUGCAAUUUGGUGCACAUUGUUGGUCAAAAUGUAGCCUAUCUGGUGGUAAUUUCCUUUGCGAACAAUAUGUUCUUCAUCUGCAUUCAACUGAUUGGAGUUUUGAAGCCCUAUCCUGGUAUCAUAGUCGCGAUAUAUGUGUGGUAUUCGCUAGCUCACCUGAUGACUCGAAUGGUAAUGGUGGCUGUAUACGCUGCAGCCAUUCACGACGAAUCGAGAAGGAUUCUGCCAACUUUUAGGACACUUCCUACGCAAUAUUACAGCAAAGAAGUACAACGCUUUCAUCAACAGAUGGAGAACGAAACGGUAGCUUUAUCUGGAUUCAGAUUUUUCCAUCUCACGCGGAAGCUGAUAUUGAAGAUAUCGGGUACGAUUGUGACGUAUGAAUUGGUUCUACUUCAAGUGAACGACGCCGAAGAGAAAAACGGAGACCAGAAUCCCUGCACCUAGAGAUUUUCAGAAGAAAUAUUGUUUUCAUAUGUUUUUAAUUCACUUUAUUGGUAUGAUUUUAAACAUGACAUUAAUUUCUUAUAUCUAGGUGUAUUAUGUUAGGCAACACUAUCAUCCUAAUUUAGUAAAACUAAAUUAAGCUUCUAUUAACAUAUUACAUUUCAUCUGCUUCAGAUGUCCUCUGAUGUUUUCAGAUGUUUUAGGCGACCAGUAUUUUAAUAAAGCUACCUGCAUCUAAUCCAUACUGCAUCAGUAAAUUGUUCUGAUUUUCAACAGUCUAAUAUUACAAAUCUUGCAUUCUUAAAUGGCCGAUGUUCAGAAUGAUCACACUUGUUGAUAUUUUGGCCUUACAAUAAUUAGCCAA